UAACGGCGUGAGUUUUUGUCGGGCGUAUAACAUGAAAAAAGAGGCGACAUAUUCAUAACGCCGUUAACUCUGUUUUGCCAAACGACAAAACUAAGUGGAAACAAGGUUGGCAAAGGAGCUAAUCAGACCACAGUGACGAAAAUGAUCACCAACGAGCAACAUGAGGAUCCUGACUCUUUUUAUCCUCAAGUCUUUCCCUUUCCAAGAAAAUCAACCAAAUUGAUUCUUUCCCAGAAAGUAUUUCUAUAGUAAUCCCCAUUUGAACUCAGCUGCAACACAAAGUUCUCAGCUCGAUAUUGAGAAAGAUGGAGAAAGCCACGGAAAGACAGAAGAUUUUGCUUCGUCAUCUCAAUCCAAUUUAUUCUUCUUCUUCUUCUCUUACUUUGAUUAAAGAUGAACCUGCUCUUCUCUCUGCUGUGAACUGUGCUUCCGAGUUUUCCCCAAUGGCUGCUUUUGGAGACGACAUUGUGAUCGUAGCGGCAUAUCGCACCGCUAUUUGCAAAGCGAAACGUGGAGGUUUCAAAGACACUCGUCCAGAUGAUCUUCUAGCUUCUGUUCUCAAGGCUGUGGUGGAAAGAACAUCUUUGGAUCCAAGUGAAGUUGGGGAUAUCGUUGUUGGUACUGUUAUAGCGCCAGGUUCUCAGAGAGCCAUGGAGUGUAGAGUAGCAGCAUAUUUUGCUGGUUUUCCUGACACUGUGCCAAUUAGAACUGUCAACAGACAAUGCUCCUCCGGGCUUCAAGCGGUUGCUGAUGUUGCUGCUUCCAUUAGAGCUGGAUAUUACGAAAUUGGUAUUGGUGCUGGAGUCGAAUCUAUGUCAAUCGAUCAUACAGCUGGAGGAGGAUUUCAGUCCACUAACCCGAGAGCACAAGAUUUCCCCAAAGCACGUGACUGUUUGCUUCCAAUGGGGAUUACUUCUGAAAACGUUGCAGAACGAUAUGGUGUCACAAGGGAAGAGCAAGAUAUGGCUGCGGUGGAGUCUCACAAACGCGCUGCUGCUGCGAUCGCGUCUGGUAAACUCAAGGAAGAAAUAGUUCCUGUUGCUACUAAGAUUGUUGACCCCUCGACUAAAGAAGAGAAGGCAGUUGUCAUCUCUGUUGAUGAUGGUGUACGUCCAAACUCAAACAUGGCAGAUCUUGCAAAGCUGAAGACCGUCUUUAAACCGGACGGUUCCACCACAGCUGGCAAUGCUAGUCAGAUCAGUGAUGGUGCUGGAGCCGUACUUCUAAUGAAGAGAAGUUUAGCGAUGAAGAAGGGACUUCCCAUUCUUGGAAUAUUCAGGAGCUUUGCUGUUACCGGCGUGGAGCCUGCUGUUAUGGGUGUAGGUCCAGCUUACGCCAUUCCCGCUGCAACUAACCUCGCAGGGCUAAAAGUCAGUGAUAUUGAUUUAUUCGAGAUCAAUGAGGCAUUUGCAUCCCAGUAUGUGUACUGUUGCAAGAAGCUAGAGCUGGAUCUGGAAAAGGUCAAUGUUAAUGGAGGAGCCAUUGCUAUAGGCCAUCCUUUGGGUGCUACAGGAGCUCGAUGUGUUGCGACAUUGCUGCACGAGAUGAAACGGAGAGGGAAAGAUUGCCGCUUUGGAGUAAUCUCAAUGUGCAUAGGCACUGGUAUGGGAGCUGCAGCUGUUUUCGAGAGAGGAGACUCUGUUGAUGAAUUGUCCAACGCUCAAGUUGCUAAUGGAGACGGUCAUUAGAAGAAUGACGGGAGUGUGAAUAAGUAGAGCAAUGACGGAUUGAAUCUAAUAAAUUUGAAACUUAAGCUCUUUCACAUUGUUGAACAAUAAAUAAUUUGUCGUUCUGAGUUUAAAAUCAACUACUACUUUUCUGUGAACAAGAGUUAAAUCUAAAACCAAAAUUACAUC